GUCUAUGUGUGUCACGUGAUAAAUGACGUUGCACACACACUUGCGCUUUCUCUCAGUUGUCAUGGCCGAACAGCAGCAUGUAGCGAACUCCGACGUAGGGAAGCGCUGAUCUUUAUUUGUGCAGCUGUUUGCCCACUGCCAGAUGUGGGGAAGAAGAUUUCUCAUCAGCCAGGUGGUAAAAACAGUUCACCACAGGUGGAGUCACCGACAUUUAUACACCAUGCAUCUGAAAACCAAAGAGUUUCAAUCAUUAUUCACCGAUGGUCUGAAGACUCUAGCAGAGAUUUUUCAAAAGCAUAAGUUUGAGCUCAGGAUUGCUGGGGGAGCCGUGCGGGAUCUUCUGUCAGGGAAACAACCUGAAGAUGUAGAUUUUGCUACUACUGCUACACCUGAGGAGAUGAAGCACAUGUUCCAGGCUGCAGGGAUCCGAAUGAUUAACAACAAAGGAGAGAAACAUGGUACCAUCACUGCAAGGAUGAGUGACCAGAACUUCGAAGUGACCACUCUGCGUGUGGAUGUACAGACAGAUGGGAGACACGCGGAAGUGGAAUUCACAACCGACUGGCAAAAAGAUGCUGAGCGCAGAGACCUCACAAUUAACUCCAUGUUCCUCGGGCUGGAUGGAACCUUGUAUGAUUAUUUCAAAGGUUAUGAGGAUCUCCAGAACAGAAAAGUUCGCUUUGUUGGGAAUAGUGCACUUAGGAUUCAAGAGGACUACCUGCGGAUUCUGCGAUAUUUCAGAUUUUAUGGGCGCGUAGCGGCCGCGCCAGGGCUGCAUGAUCCGGACACACUGGGCGCGAUCCGGGACAACGGACGAGGCCUGGCUGGAAUCUCAGGGGAGAGAAUCUGGGUGGAACUAAAGAAGAUGCUGGUGGGGAAUCAUGCGGCUCACCUGCUCGAACUUAUUUAUGAGCUCGAAUUGGCUCAGUAUAUAGGACUCCCAGCAGAUGUCAGUAUGGAGGAGAUGAAGCAGGUGUACAAGAGGACUGAAGGCAGCUUUCCUAAACCAAUGACCGUGCUCUCAGCUGUGCUACGUGGCCCAGAAGACGUGGAAAAGCUGGAUUUGCGGUUAAAGAUCUCCAGAGAGGAGAAGACCCUCGGCCUCUUUCUAGUGAAGCACAGACGAGACCUUGUUAAAGGACAAGAUGAGAAGGAUGGCCUGAAGCCCUUCACUGAUUACAUCAUCGAUUCUCGAGAGCCAGAUGCCCAGAGCAAAGUACUGGAGCUUCUAAAGUACCAGGGUGAGAGGAAGCUUCUGGAUGAACUGAGUCGGUGGUCUGUCCCUCGUUUCCCUGUAAGCGGCCAUGACCUGCGUCGCCUUGGAAUCACGUCAGGCAAGGAGAUUGGUACAACCCUUCAGGAGCUGCGUGAUGUCUGGAAGAAGAGCCACUACCGGCUGGGAAAGGAGGAACUCUUGAGCACCAUCAGCAGGUCCUAACAGAAGACAAAUAAAACCAUUGAGAGAUGGUUGUCUCAGUGAAGUGCCCUUAUCUCCGUAUGAUUCACAGUAAACACAGAGAUGAGAAAUCUAGAGAUAAAAUUGCCUGUGCAGCAUAAACAAUAUUUUGUUUUGUCAUAGCUGCAUGAGCUAGGAAUAUUUACACAUACAGAGUAUCAACACUCCAAGGGUUUGUUCAAAAAAGUCUAAAGGAUAAACAAAUUCCUGGAGUUUCAUGCUGGAGAGACCUUAAACGAUGCUUCACUCUGUUCAUAGUUAUUUUCAUUUAACCAUUGCGGAUCAUUUAUUUAAGACCUAAUUUGCCACAACCUUUAUAUUUUUGUUUGUCUUGCUUUCUUAAUUUGCAACUAUCAAUCAUCAGAGGUAAAGUUCAGCUGGCUCUGAAAGAGAAAACAUAUGCCUGAUGCAACAAUGUUUAUGAGUUCAUUCUGGAGGAGGAAAAAAAAACGAUUGCAUGUUAUGGUCUGACUUUGAAGUAAACCAAAAUACAAACUAAAA